AUGGCGGACAGACAGAACAGUGCUACACCUGACAGACAUGAAGGAUCGUCAGUCUCCUCUCAUCAAGAUCUAGUUAAUAAUUACCAACCCAGCUUCUCCGCUCAGACUGGAAGCAAUGUGGUCGCUCCUUACAUCAACAACACAACCCUUCGUGACGUACACUUCCACGUCAACUCAACUGGCCAAGGGUCUGCCAGUUCGAGCCAUGGUAUGCAGCCCCAAAAAAGUGACCCACAGGAGGUUUUGAAGCCACAUAAGGGAUGUCUGGAGAGGAAAUAUCAACAUGUGACUCAAGAAAGUGAAGCAGAAAAUGCAACUAAAACCCUCAUCAACGAGACCUUCACUGACCUCCACAUCACAGAGGGAAGGACUAACAUUAACACCCGACAUGAGGUGUGGUGGCUUGAGACAGUUUCAAAGAUGAAGUCCUGCCAUGACACUUCAAUCAAGUACCACGAAAUCUUUAAAGCCUUACCUGGCAAAGAGAAAAACAUCAGAGUUGCUUUGACGAAUGGCGUUGCUGGUGUUGGAAAAACCUUCUUAGUGCAGAAGUUCAUUCUGGACUGGGCAAAGGGCUUGGAAAACCAAGCUAUCACUUUAGUGAUUCCACUUUCGUUCAGGGAGCUGAACUUGAAAAAAGCACUUGAACUUGAUAAGCAGUUCAGUCUCCUCGACCUGAUCUGUGAAUUCUAUCCAUUACAGAAGCUCACAGCAGAGAUGCUUGCUGCCUGGAAAGUUUUGUUCAUCUUUGACGGCCUGGAUGAAUGCAAAUUUUCACUGGAUUUUGAGAAUGAUGAGGUCGUUUCUGAUGUCACACAGAAGUCAUCAGUCAGCGUGCUGCUGACAAGCCUCAUCAAGGGGAAGCUGCUUCCCUCGGCUCUCAUCUGGAUAACUACCCGACCUGCAGCAGCCAAUCAGAUCCCUCCUUCGGACAGGGUAACAGAAGUACGAGGCUUCACUGACGCCCAGAAGGAAGAAUACCUCAAGAAAAGAUUCAGUGAUAAAGAGAAGUCCAGCAGAAUCAUAUCACACAUCAAGACAUCCAGGAGCCUCCACAUCAUGUGUCACAUCCCAGUCUUCUGCUCGAUCAUUGCUACAGUUCUGGACCACAUGUUGACUACAGACCAGAGAGGAGAGCUGCCCAAGACCCUGACUGACAUGUACUCACGUUUCCUGCUGGUUCAGACAAAGAGGAAGAAGAAAAGGUAUGAUGAGGGACAUGAGACGAAUCCACAGGAGCUGACGGAGGCUGACAUGAAACUUCUUCUGAAGCUGGGGAGGCUGGCGUUUGAACAUCUAGAGAAAGAGAAAGAAAACAUCAUAUUCUACAAAGAAGACCUGAAGAAGUGUGGUCUUGAUGUAGCAGAGGCCUUGGUAUAUUCAGGAGUUUGUACAGAGUUCCUGAAAUGCGAUCCUUGCGUCGACUCUCAAACAGUCUACAGCUUUGUUCAUCUGAGUGUUCAGGAGUUUCUGGCUGCAGUCUACAUGUACCACUGUUACACCAACAGGGAGUUAAAGGUACUGGAAGACUUCCUGGGAAAAAAAUGGAUGCAUGAAAACAAUGUUGAUGAUGAGGAUCAUGGUGAUGACGAUGAUGACGAUGAUGACGAUCUUGACAAUAACCAUUACCCAUCUCUGGAUGUCUUCCUGAAGAGAGCCAUGGAGAAAUCUCUCACAAGUAAAAAUGGCCGCUUCGACCUGUUUGUCCGCUUCCUUCAUGGCCUCUCUCUGGAGACCAACCAGAGUCACUUAGGAGGCCUGCUGGGUCAGACAGACAACAGUCCAGAAACCAUCCAGAGAGUCAUCAACAACCUGAAGAAGAUGAAUACUCGAGAUAUCUCUCCUGACAGAAGCAUCAACAUCUUACACUGUCUGAUGGAGAUGAACGACCGCUCAGUACAUGAGGAUAUUGAAGAGUUCCUGAAGUCAUCAGAGGAACUCUCUGAGAUCCACUGCUCAGCUCUGGCCGACAUGCUACAGCUCUCAGAUGUUCUGGAUGAGUUGGACCUAAAGAAGUACAACACAUCAGAGGCAGGAAGACGGAGACUGAUCCCAGCUGUGAGGAACUGCAGAAAGGCUCAACUUUCUGACUGUGGGCUCUCAGAGACUCACUGUGAAGUUGUGGCCUCAGCUCUGUAUUCUGAUCCGUCCCAUCUGAGAGAGCUGGACCUGAGUGACAACAACCUGCAAGAUUCAGGAAUGAAGGUUCUGUCUGCUGGAUUGGAGAGUCCAAAAUGUAGACUGGAGUCUCUAAGAUUGAGAGGCUGCAGUUUGUCAGAGAUCUCGUCUCUGGCAGCAGCUCUGAAGUGCAACCCCUCCCAUCUGAGAGAGCUGGAUCUGAGUGGAAACAACCUGCAGGAUUUGGGGGUUAAGAAGCUGUGUGAUUUUCUGAAGAAUCGAGACUGCGAACUGGAAACUCUGAGAUUGAGUCUCUGCAGUUUGUCAGAGAGCAGCUGUGCUUCUCUGAUCUCAGCUCUGAAGUCGAACCCCUCCCAUCUGAGAGAGCUGGAUCUGAGCUACAACAAACUGCAGGAUUCAGGAGUGAAGCAGCUGUGUGAUUUUCUAAAGAGUCCACGGGGUGAAAUGGAGACUCUGAGACUGAGGUGGUGCAGUUUGUCAGAGAGCAGCUGUGAUUCUCUGGUCUCAGCUCUGAAGGACAACCCCUCCCAUCUGAGAGAGCUGGACCUGACUGGAAACAAGCUGCAGGAUUCAAGAGUGAAGUUGCCGUGCAAUUUUCUGAAGAGUCCAGGCUGUAAACUGGAGACUCUGAGAUUGAGGUGGUGCAGUGUGUCAGAGAGCAGCUGUGCUUCGCUGGUCUCAGCUCUGAAGGCUAACCCCUCCUAUCUGAGAGAGCUGGAUCUGAGCUACAACAAGCUGCAGGAUUCAGGAUUGGAGCGGCUGUGUGUUUUUCUGAAAAGUCCACACUGUAGACUGAAGACUCUGCGAUUGAGGUGGUGCAGUUUGUCAGAGAGCAGCUGUGAUUCUCUAGCAUCAGCUCUGGAGUCCAACCCCUCCCAUCUGAGAGAGCUGGACCUGAGCUACAACAAACUGCAGGAUUCAGGCAUAGAGCUGCUGUGUGGUUAUCUUAAGAAUCCAGACUAUAGACUGGAGUCUCUGAGGUUCUCCAGUUCUGAAGGUUCACUUGUCACAUUGACUGGAAACCAGAAGAUGAGUGGUUGUGUGGAGGAAGAGGACAAAUCAGACUCUCCAGUAUCCACACAUCAUCCUCCAGAUGUCAGUGAUGAAGCUGAUCCCUCAGACUUAAAGACGGAGGAAAAACAGAACAGUGCUACACCUGAAAGACAUGAAGGAUAUGCCUCCACAUCCAACACAACCCUUGAUGUGUCUGAGGACAGCAGAGACAAUCAGCAGCAGGACUUCACACCCGAAGUGCUGGCUGAGUCUGCAAACAUUUCAUACAGGUAA